AUGCUACAAUGUGUGUGCAUCAUCAAAGACCUCUCUUGUCUGCCUGCCGUGAGUCGUACAUGUGUGGGCUUUUUCAAAUCGUUGGCCUGUGUCAGUCUCUGUGGGUGGGAGCAACACUCGCAGCAGACGUGUUCGGACAGCGUCUGCUGCCGUGUGUGUCUGCUGGUGUUUGUGGGACAGAAGGCCUCCAGUUUGGCCCUCAACAAGUGUGAAAAUACUCUUUAUUUGGAUCUUGGAAGGCUCAGGUCCACGCGUCACUGCUUGUGUCUGGUCACGCACACCUUCACGCCGCGCGGAAAGCACAUCUGGCCGACCCCCCACUGUGCACCCACCCUCCCCCCAGUCACACCAGACACCAUGGCACUGUCAUCAAGGCUCAAGCUGUGGGAGCAGAAGGGAGGUCCAGGGCUUCUGCAUGUUAUAAAGGAGGAAAAGACGCCUGUGCCCGCUGUAGUACCACCACCAGCGCCCCUGUCAGCAGUUCCCGGGGGCUUCCUCAAGCAGCUGGUCCGAGACUCAGAGAAGGAGACCAAACUGAAGGAACCGGAGCUCAAAACAGACGACAAAGCUCCCACGAAACUCAGUAACAAUCUGGUGCAGCAAUUCCUCAACCCAGACCAGACACCAGCAAUCCUAGAAGCCGAAAUGUCCCUCAAAGCAGACCAGCCCUCGGAAAACAAGCAGUCUGAACGCAAAUCUCCUUCUCUGAGGCAAAUAAUCACCCCGGACGAUGUGCAGGUCAUAAGGCAAGACGUGAUACCGCCCAAAAAGCCCCAAGUCAAGCAGAAAGAUGUGAAGGCAGAGCAGAGGAACGUGAACAAGGACGUAGAGAGGAAGGUGCUGGGGACGACGGUGGACGGGAUUGAGUCGAGACAAGAGCCAGAGGAACAGCAGGCGGACAGUGCUGUUGUGGAGGUCGAGAGAAAAGAGGUUAAAGACGUUUGGUAUGAAGCUGGAACUGUUUGGUACGUCCACAAGGAUGGAUACUGUCUCGCCACUCAGCUGAAGCCAGAUGAAGGCACCCCAGAUCUCCCGGACAGUAAAGUGAGGGUGCGACUGCAGACGGACGGCACACUGCACGAUGUCUCUGAGUUCGACAUCGAGAAGUGUAACCCCAAAGAGCUGGAUCUCUGUGAAGACCUGAGCAACCUCCAGAGUGUGAAUGAGUGUAGCAUCCUGCACACCCUCAGCAGCCGAGCCAAAGCCGGUUUACCCCUCACUCACGCAGGACCCAACCUCAUCAACUUCUGGCCCCCGGUGCAAGUCAACAGCAAAACCCCAAAGUCUCGGCGUGGGGAGUCUGUGUGGGAUGCCCCUGCUGCUCUGGAGUCCUUGGUCAGACAGGUUUAUGUGUCUAUGGUGGGGACCAGGAGGGACCACAGCAUGUGUGCUUUGGGCCGCAGUGGGACCGGCAAGACCACCGCCUGUCAGGCCUUCACACUCGCACUACUCAAACGAGCAGGGACAGCUGGGAACAACAUCAGCGUUGAUCGAGUGAAGGCUAUGUUUACCAUCCUGAAGUCUUUUGGCUGCGUUUCUUCCCCUCACAGUGAUGCUUCAACACGAUUUGCAAUGGUUUUCUCAUUAGACUUCAACCAUGCCGGCCAGGCCGCAGCCGGACACCUCCAGACCAUGAUGCUUGACAAAUGGAAAGUGUGUCAAAAAACCCCAGGAGAAAGUAACUUCCUGGUUUUUGCCCAGAUGCUUGCAGGACUCAGUACAGAAAUUAGAACAGAUUUGCAGCUUCAUCAACUUCCUGAAACCAACUCCUUUGGUAUUGUUCACCCCACCAAGGUUGAAGAGAAGCAGCGUGCCUCUGUUGCUUUCACAAAGCUUCUGAGUGCUAUGGAAACAUUGGGCUUCUCUCUCAGUGAACAAAAGGCGAUAUGGCAUGUGCUGGCUGGUAUUUACCAUCUGGGAGCUGCUGGGAGCAGCAAGGUGGGCAGGAGGCAGUUUGGUAAUUUUGACAGUUCCCAGGUGGCCAGCAGUGUGCUGGGCUGUGAGGGAGAUGAUUUACACACUGCUGUGUUCAAGCAUCACCUCAGACAGCUCCUACAAAGAGCCACUGGGGGCGCUAGAGAGAGAGGUGCCCCUCUCGAAUCAGAUGAAGGCCCGCGGCUGACCGCGGCUCAGUGUCUGGAAGGGAUGGCCUCUGGUCUCUACGAAGAACUAUUUACUGCUCUUGUUUCUCUCAUAAACAGGGCCCUGUGCAGCCAGCAGCUGACACUGGCCUCCGUCAUGGUCACAGACACCCCAGGGAUCCGCAACCCCAGACACUGUGGAGAGGAGCGUGGAGCGAGCUGGUCAGAACUCUGUCACAACUACCUCCAGGAGAGGCUGCUGGAACACUACCACACCCACACCUUCAAACACACGCUGGAGAGAUACGAGCAGGAGAGCAUCCCUGUCCAGUUUGAAUGUCCAGAGAACAGCCCGUCUGAACUGGUGUCGGCCAUUGACCAGCCUCCUCCACAGAUCAGAGCCGCAGAUGGAGACCCUCGAGGACUCUUGUGGGUUCUGGAUGAGGAGAUGGUGGCACCAGGCUCCAGUGAGAGCUGUGUCCUGGAGAGAGUGUGCCAGUACUACGGCAGCACUGUCCGUCAGUGUGAGCAACCCCUUCAAUGCGAGCUUAACCACCUCAUGUCGGGCGACCCGAUCCGCUACGACAUGACCGGCUGGUUUGGACUCAUACAGAACAACCCAUCUGCCUCUAAUGCCAUCUGUGUGCUUCAGAACUCCACCAUAGCGUCAGUGAAGGCCUUAUUCACUCCAAAGAUCUCCGUGCCUCCUCUGUGCCGGGGUCUGGGCGGGCUGGAGGGGAGCAGCCAGCGUUCUCUGCAGAGAAACGGCACCAUCAGAAAGACUUUCAGUGGAGGGAUGGCUGCCGUGCGCAGACUCUCGCAGUGCAUAGCAGUGAAACUGCAGGCUGACGCUCUGGUGAACAUCAUCCGCAGAGCCAGGCCAGUGUUCCUUCAGUGCGUCAGCAGCCGCUCUGAAGGCUCCAGUUUGGAUGUGUCUGCGCUGCGGGUGCAGCUCCACUCCACUCAGAUCCUGUCGGCGCUGCAGCUGUACCGGACCGGUUUUUCUGAUAACAUGACUCUGAGCGACUUCAGGUGUCAUUUUCAGGCCUUGUCACCUCCCAUCAUGAAGCGCUACGCCUCGAUGUUUGUGAUGCACGACGAGAGAAAGGCAGUGGAGGAGCUGCUGGUGGAGUUGGACUUGGACAAACGGAGUGUUGUGUUGGGAGCCAGCAGGAUCUUCAUGAAGCGAGGCGUGCUGCAGUACCUGGAGCAGCAGAGGGACCAGCAGGUGACUGAGUGGCUGGUACAUCUCCAGGCGGCCUGUGUGGGACACCUGGCUCGUCAGAGAUACAGGAAGCUCAAAGUGCAGCAGAUGGCAGUGAGUUGUCUGCAGAGGAACCUGAGGGCGCUGUGGGCCGUGUCUCCGUGGAGCUGGUGGAAACUGUUCUGUCGCAUUCGGCCUUUGCUGGAUGUCAAUAUGGACAACGAAAGACUCAGGGCUAAAGAGGACGAAAUUUCAGCUCUGAGACGACGUCUGGAGAAGUCUGAGAGAGAGAGGAACGAACUGCGGCAAAGCACCUACAGCUUGGAAACAAAGGUCACAGCAGUGACAUCUGAGCUGAGUGAUGAGCGGUUCCGUGGCGAUGCGGUCGGUCAAGCUUUGGACGUGGAGCGGUCGGAGAGACUGAGGCUCAGCCGGGAAAACAAGGACCUGCAGCUUCGUCUGGAGCAGUGCAAAGUCACCAUGGAAACACUGGAGAAGCAGCUUGAGGAGGAGAAACAGAAAUCUACCAUCGCACAGAGUCAAAGAGGAAAAGAGACAGAGAGUGAACUGAGCAUGCAGCUGGAGUGCUGCCAAACAGAGGUGGACUUUCUCCGCAGACGACUGAAACAGACAGAGGAAAAACUGGAGACGGAGAAACAGACGCGGCAACAGCUCGAUGCCGCGGUGGCCUCGUUACAGGCUCAGCUGGAUCAGUCCAGGAGGAGUGUGACGGAGCUGAAACGCUACUGUCGCAGAGUGACCUCUGACCUUCAGGACGCCAGGGUCCUCACGGACAGUCUGCAGAGCCGCAUGCACGAGCUGGAGCGCAAACAGAAGAAGUUUGACAAUGAGUUGACUCAAGCUUUGGAGGAAGCUGAAAAUGAGAGAGAGCAAAAAGACAAAGCUGUUCAUGAGAACACUUCUCUGGAGGCAGAAAUCUACACAGUGCGCCGCAACCUUCAAGACACCCAAUCAGAAGUAGACCGCCUGCAGAAGCAGAAGGAUGAGUUGUGUGCUCAGAUCCGAGACCUCAGUCUUCCUGUAGACCUAACCUCGGAAUCCCUGCCUGAUCUGAAAAAGCAGCUUCGUCUGCUGGAGAGCCAGGCCAGCGAACAAGCCGAGGAAAUCACCAAAUUUACUGCCAAACUCCAACAACAGCAACAGAUUCACAUGCGAUUUGAAAUAGAGAUGGAGCGUAUGAAGCAGAUGCAUCAGAAGGAGCUUGAGGAUAAAGAAGAGGAGCUGGAGGAUGUCCACAAGUCGUCUCAGAGACGGCUCAAACAGUUGGAGAUGCAGUUGGAACAGGAGUACGAGGAAAAACAGAUGGUGAUUCAUGAGAAGCACGACUUGGAAGGACUUGUUGCAACACUGUGUGAUCAGGUGGGUCACAGAGACUUUGAUGUGGAGAAGAAGCUCAGGAGGGAUUUGAAGCGGACUCACGCUCUACUGGCCGACGCUCAGCUGCUCAUCGCCACCAUCAACAACACAGAGGACAACAAGCCCAGCAGCAACAAGGACCAGGUGGAGCGCAUCCACUGCCAGUUUGAGGAGAGUGAAGUGCGACGACUGGAGCUUGAGAACAUCCACACGACUCUUGCACAGGAGCUGGAGAACACUCAGAUUGAACUAGAAACCAUCUGCAAACAGAAGAGUGUGGUGGAUGACCAGUUGGCUUUACUCCAGCAUGAAAAAGUAGACCUGCUCAAGAGACUGGAAGAGGACCAGGAAGAUCUGAAUGAGCUCAUGAAGAAGCACAAAGCUCUCAUUGCACAGUCUUCUAGUGACAUUACUCAGAUCAGAGAGCUGCAGGCUGAACUUGAGGAAGUGAAGAAACAGAGACAGUCACUGCAGGAAGAGCUCCAGCAAAAUGUGUCUCGGGUGCAGUUCCUCGAGUCGUCCACAGUGGGGCGCAGCAUCGUCAGUAAACAAGAGGCUAGAGUGUGUGACCUGGAAAACAAGCUGGAGUUUCAGAGAGGACAAGUCAAGCGGUUUGAGGUGCUGGUGCUGCGUCUCAGGGACAGCGUGGUCCGUCUGGGGGAGGAGCUGGAGCAGAGUGCCCAGGCUGAAGCCAGGGAGAGGGAGAGCGCCCGCUACUACCACCAGCGUCUGCAGGACAUGAGGCUGGAGAUGGACGACCUGGCCCAGAGAGAGCAGGACAGCAGCCGCAAGCGCAUGGAACUGGAAAUGCAGGUGGAGGAGCUGAAUGCUGUCAGACAGACAUUACAAGCCGAUCUGGAGACGUCCAUCAGACGCAUUGUGGAUCUGCAGGCCGCUCUGGAGGAGGUGGAGUCCAGUGACGAGAGCGACUCUGAGAGCGUUCAAACUGCUGUGGAGUCUUUAACAAGAAAGAAAGACCUUGACUCAGUCUCUAGUGUGGGCUCCAUUGGAACAGAGGAUGUGGGAGAGGGCAUCCGUCACUGGCUGGGGGUUCCAAGAGCCCGCUCUCAAGGAGGCAGCUCUUUCUAUGACGCAGGAAGUAACAUCAGUGGACAUGGGGGACGCCAGUCUGUCGCAGACACUGCUAGUACUUACAGUUUCCGCUCGUGUGUGGAUCCAGAUGAUGAAGGCUAUGAGCCAGGACCAGGCAACAGAAGUCUAACUCGAGCUCCGUCUUCUUCUGCUUUGUCUGAGCUUUUGGAGGGUCUUCGUAAACGAAGAGGCACAAGUGACUCUGCAGAUGGGGCUGGGAGCACUGCAUCUCUGCCCAUUUACCAAGCCACCGCUGCAUCCACCCUGAGACGCAGAGCUUCAGCGAUGUCCCUCAGUCCUGAAGAUGCUCAGGAUCUUCGGCCUGUUAGUAUCCUGAAGUCCUCGUCUCCGCAGCUGUCGCGAGCUGCCAGUUCAUGCUCCAUGGGUGACGUGUCUACAGGAACAAAGCGUUUUAGCUCUUGUGAUUCGGUCUCAUCUCUUCCCUCGCUGCCUCGGCUCUCUUCUUUGACCUCAUCUUUAGCAGCUCACCACCUCUCUCCGUCUCUGUCCAUCCCAGAGGAGGACUCAGAGGAGCCUCUGCGCUCUGUGUCUUCAGCCCAGCGCUCCCCGCAGCCCCUCAGGCGGUGCAUGUUGGGUAGUUUGGUCACAGAAGAUGGUGGUGAGCAUCCACUUGGAUCCGAACCUUUAGUGUUUCAAAAUCGCAGGUUAGCCAGUGACAGAGAUGAUGCAGCUUCAGACAUCCUGCCUGCCAUCAGAAGAGCCCAGUCCACCAGCAGUUUAGCCAGUUCAGUGAGAGGAGGGCGCAGGGCGCUGAGCGUGCACUUUGGGGAACUGCCUCCUUCCAUUCGUGGGAGAGAGACUCGAGGCAGAAGGCAGCGAGGGAGAAGAUGUUGCUUCAGUCAUGAAGAAAUACCUCAAGAAGGAGAACGACUGAACAGUCUGUACACAGAUCCACGCCCAGUGUGCACUUUAUAA